UUUUAUUUUUUUAUUUUAAAAUGUCUUUUAACGAGGAGUCUUAUGUAAUUACAUCAGAAUUAAUUACAAAAUGGAUGGAACUUGGACUGGGCAAUGAAAUAUUAGAUGCUGAACUAACUCAAAUAAUUGAUAAACAUACAGGAAAAAAUUUUCCGGUUAUCCUAGAUGAUCAAAGACAGACAUUUGUCACAUUUAUCUUCCCCAAUGAUUUUACUACAAAAAUGUUUGAAUUUCAACGUUCAUCAAUUAUUCGAUUAAAUUUUCUUCGAAUUUGUUUACGCGAUAAAAGCUUGGGUGAAUCUAAUGUUUUGUCUUCAAUUCUCCCAAUAUUAUUGAAAAUAACAUUUUUGGAUGGGAAUAAUGUUAAAUUACAAAAUUCUGCAAAAAUUUUGCUUGAAGCUAAUAAAUGUUUGGUUAAUUUUCUUUUCAAUUCUUCAGUUGGAAGAGCACAUUUUGAGGAAGAACCUUUUAAACUUUUAAUUUCUCGAAUUUCCUUUAUCGGCCCUAUCCUUAAAGGAAAAAAAGAAAUUUUAUUUUCGAAUGAGAACAAUGGAACUUUUGUUUAUUUAAAUAAUUGGUGUCAACAAGAAUUAGAGGAACUUCUUUUAUUGGAUAUGAAAAUUGUUUUUGUUGUGAGUGCUCAAGAAAGGCAGUUGCAACUUGAUUGCCAAAAAGAUGUUAACAUAAAUAAAAUAUUUCAAGAAAUUAUUGCAAAUGCAUUGGAUAAAUUAAUUGAAUCUCCAUCUCCUUCAAACAUUGUUUCUUCUAUUCGUCCAUUUAUAAAUGAAGCUUUGCUUAUUUUAUUUAAUAUUUAUCAUCAAAUUGUUUUUCAACAGCAACCUCUAGAUUCCAAUAUAAUUCAAUUAUUUUUAAAUGAGUGUGCACGUAUUUUACAAAAUUCUUUUCUUGAUAUGGAAAUUAAACAAAAUACAAUUAAUUUUAUGGCUACAAUUCCCAAUACUUUGUCGACGCUCUGUCCAAAGACUGAGGAUUCUACUAUUUACAACCAAAAUAAAUUAAUAUUUGAAGGUUAUGAUGUUACUUUUUUGGAUAAAUUACUUAAUAUUUUAGAAGAACAUAUUGAUCAGGUAAAGUUCCUGCGUUUAGUGAGCAUCUUGUUAUGUUUUUGAGA